UUCGAACAUUUUUGCAGGAAGAAGUUAUCAACUAAACCCAAAAGCUCACUCCUCUAUCUUUCUCUCCACCCUUGCCUGCUCGGAGUCUCUCUCUAUUUCUCCCUGAGCUAUUCAGAAGCUCAGUCUCCUAUGGCGUCCGUUCUGAACAACGUUUCUUCCGUUUGUUUGUCGAAUCUCAACUCCAACCGAAUUCGAACUCGGCCGCCCGUUUUGACACCGAUUUCUGUGUCCUUCACCCGAAGGAGACUUACGAUUAGAGCAGCGGAGACCGAUGCAAACGAAGCAGUUAAAUCUCAGGCACCAGAUAAGGCACCGGCUGCUAGUGGUUCCAAUUUCAACCAGCUUCUCGGCAUCAAAGGAGCGGCGCAAGAAACUAAUAAAUGGAAGAUCCGACUUCAACUUACAAAGCCUGUUACUUGGCCUCCACUUGUAUGGGGAGUGGUUUGCGGAGCUGCGGCUUCAGGAAAUUUUCACUGGAACUUAGAGGAUGUUGCCAAAUCAAUUGCUUGCAUGAUGAUGUCUGGCCCAUUUCUAACUGGUUAUACACAGACACUUAAUGAUUGGUAUGACCGAGAAAUUGAUGCAAUAAAUGAACCUUAUCGUCCAAUUCCUUCGGGAGCUAUAUCUGAGAGUGAGGUCAUUACACAAAUUUGGUUGUUGCUUUUGGGUGGACUUGGCCUUGCUGGUCUUUUAGACAUUUGGGCCGGGCACGACUUCCCUACAGUUUUUUACCUUGCUGUCGGCGGAUCCUUACUUUCUUACAUAUACUCUGCUCCACCUCUAAAGCUGAAACAGAAUGGAUGGGUUGGAAAUUUUGCCCUGGGAGCAAGUUACAUUAGUUUGCCCUGGUGGGCUGGUCAGGCUUUAUUUGGGACACUUACACCAGACAUAAUUGUUCUGACUCUCUUGUAUAGCAUAGCCGGGUUGGGUAUUGCCAUUGUCAAUGACUUUAAAAGUGUUGAAGGAGAUAGAGCAUUGGGACUUCAGUCACUUCCAGUUGCUUUUGGUGCUGAAACUGCUAAAUGGAUUUGUGUUGGCGCUAUUGACAUAACUCAGAUAUCUAUCGCAGGUUAUCUGCUUGGGGUUGGUAAACCAUACUAUGCCUUAGCCUUACUUGCUUUGAUAUUACCACAAGUUGUUUUUCAGUUUCAGUAUUUUCUUAAAGAUCCUGUCAAGUAUGAUGUCAAAUAUCAGGCAAGCGCCCAGCCAUUUCUUGUGCUAGGUCUUUUGGUGACUGCUCUAGCAACCAGCCAUUAGUUUUUAUCAUGUACCACUUGCUAAAUGCCACAGCAAAGACAGAAGACAUGGAUGCAGAGUGAAAAGCUCUCUUAACAGGGGUUAAGGUGCGAAGCUACUCCUAUCUAAUAGAACAGUUUGUAAGCAUGUUGUGCUGAUUAAACUAUAUCAGAGUUUCCUCUUUUCCUCUUUGCCUGAAGAAAGAUCAAUGUAGGCUUUCCCAGUUUUGCUGCUUCUCGUGUAGCAGAAGGCAGACCUAGAAAGCAGUUGUUGUAUAUGUGGUGUUUGUUGUACCAUUGUUCUUUGUUGAUAUCCUAAUUUGCAUUUCACGGAUGCCUAAAUAAUGCAAUCUUGAUAGUACUCUAAA